CUGUGACUCAGGUGGACUGUCCAAUGGUGUCCAGGGCUCUGCCACUUUACCACGCAGCUGGACUCCCACCAGGGAGGAGAGGCUUAUCAAGUUCUCAGGAAUAGGUCCAGUGGAUGAAACUGGGAUGCCCAUUGCCUCCAGAUCAAGUGUUAACAAGCCCAGAGACUGGUACAAGAGCAUGUUCAGACAGAUUCACAAGAAGCUAGAGGAACCCGAGCUGGAGGAUUCAGAGCGGUGGUCAGCCGAGCGGCUCCAGUUAUCUGCCCACACGGAGGAAAGUAAUGAAGCAGACAAGAAUCUCUUCAGACUAACACCAUAUGGAGCUCUACCAGACUGGAGCGAGGAUGUAGAUAAGCUGUCAGACCCGGGAAAGCAGCACCCUCAACCGAGAAGCAUAUACGACUUCGAGCCUGGAAAGAGUAGCACCUCAGAAACCCGCAGCCAGGUAACGACCUCACAUGCAGUCAGAGUUUAA